GUUUCCCGUGGUGCCCUGCGCUUCUUUCUGACGCCAAGCGCCAGAGUGGAGGGUAGCCGUCAAAAGCCCAGUCCCGGGCUUAGAGGCGUCCGCAGCGGCGGAGGUCCUGCCGUGGGUCUGCCAGCUGGCCCAGGAUGGACUCGCGGGUGUCCGAGCUGUUUGGGGGGUGCUGCCGGCCCGUGGGGGGAGGGAAUGGGGGUGCCCUGCGAGGCCGCGGCGGCGGCGGUUCUUCCAAGGGGAGGAAGAAGAACGGGAGAUACCGAGGUGGCAAGGCCAACAACCCCCCCUACCUUCCUCCGGAGGCAGAAGAUGGGAACAUAGAAUACAAGCUGAAGUUAGUUAAUCCGUCUCAAUACCGCUUUGAACAUCUAGUAACGCAAAUGAAGUGGCGACUACAAGAAGGCCGUGGUGAGGCUGUGUACCAGAUUGGUGUCGAGGACAAUGGGCUGCUUGUUGGACUGUCUGAAGAAGAAAUGCACGCCUCUCUUAAAACGCUACGGCGGAUGGCCGAGAAAGUGGGAGCUGACAUCACUGUGCUUCGAGAACGAGAAGUGGAUUAUGACAGUGACAUUCCCAGGAAGAUAACAGAGGUUCUUGUCCGAAAGGUCCCAGAUAACCAACAGUUUCUAGAUCUGCGUGUGGCUGUGCUUGGAAAUGUGGAUUCAGGCAAAUCAACUUUAUUAGGUGUCUUGACACAAGGGGAACUGGAUAAUGGGCGAGGCCGAGCGCGUCUCAAUCUCUUCCGACACUUGCAUGAGAUCCAGUCAGGAAGAACAUCUAGCAUUAGCUUUGAAAUUCUUGGUUUCAACAGUAAGGGAGAGGUGGUGAACUAUAGUGAUUCACGCACAGCUGAAGAAAUCUGUGAGAGCUCUUCCAAAAUGAUUACCUUCAUUGACUUAGCUGGACAUCACAAAUAUUUGAAAACCACCAUUUUUGGGCUUACAAGCUAUUGUCCAGAUUUCGCUAUGCUGGUGGUGAGUGCCAAUACUGGAAUUGCUGGUACAACACGGGAGCACCUAGGCUUGGCAAUGGCCCUUAAGGUGCCUUUCUUCAUUGUCAUUAGCAAAGUGGACUUGUGCUCAAAGGCCACUGUGGAGCGAACAGUGAAACAGCUGGAACGGAUUCUGAAGCAGCCUGGCUGCAACAAACUUCCAUUGCUAGUAAUGUCUGAUGAUGAUGCAGUUACAGCAGCACAGCAGUUUGCACAAUCUCCCAAUAUCACUCCCAUCUUCACCUUGUCCAGUGUUUCUGGAGAGAACCUGGAUCUCCUGAGAGUAUUUCUCAACAUCCUUCCUCCUCUGACAAACAGCAAAGAACAGGAAGAGCUGAUGCAACAGCUCACUGAAUUCCAGGUGGAUGAAAUUUACACUGUGCCAGAUGUAGGCACAGUUGUUGGAGGAACACUGUCAAGUGGGAUAUGCAAAGAAGGAGAGAAUUUGGUUGUUGGUCCAACAGAUGAUGGCAAGUUCCUUCAUCUGAAAGUAUGCAGUAUCCAACGAAAUCGUUCAGCAUGUCGCGUUCUUCGAGCUGGGCAGGCCGCUACCCUAGCUCUUGGACUCUUUGAUCGCUCACUGCUGCGCAAAGGCAUGGUGAUGGUCAGCCCAGAGAUGAACCCAACUAUUUGUUCAGUAUUUGAAGCUGAAAUUGUUCUACUGUUCCAUGCCACAACUUUCCGGAAAGGAUUCCAAGUAACAGCGCAUGUUGGAAAUGUACGGCAAACAGCAAUUGUGGAAAAAAUCCACGGGAAGGACAAACUGCGAACAGGAGAAAAGGCAGUGGUUCGUUUCAGAUUCAUUAAGCAUCCUGAAUAUUUGAAGAUAGGAGCCAAACUAUUGUUUCGUGAAGGAGUUACCAAAGGUAUUGGACAUGUCACAUCCAUUCAGGCUAUCACCACUGGAGAAAGUGGCCUGGAACACAAUCUGUGUCCUGAUCCAGUCAGCUUCUGAGUCACACCAGUAUUUCUCAGUGCUCCAAAUAAGGGAAAGAUUUCGUGCCAUUGCGCAGAGCCAUUGUUGGCUAAUCAAUUUCUGCACUACAGAAGCCAGAGUUACCUCUUGGACUGAGUGCCCUCCCUGGAGCAAGUUAAGCUUGUUGUUUGUGCAUCACCUGCUACUUCCUUAUUCCUGCUUUUUCUGGAAUAGACAAGCAAACAGCUGCAUUUUUGACUAGGUUGGAACUCCUGCUUUUGUUGACCAUUGUGGGGAAGUUAUUUCCAGAGAGAGGCAAAUCCAUAGUCAGUUGGACUGUAAUUUUGGGAUGCUGCCACCUGGGAGACAACAAUGAUGGACUCGUUUGUAUUCAGAAGGGCAUUAGUGUUGUCCUAGUGCCUGGUUUUGCAGGCUUUCUAUGGCAGAUGAAUUAUUAUUAUUAGGAACUAGAGCCCACAGUACGGUUCAGGAUGUUUCUAAUUAUUUUAAAUUAUUGUUGGUUUCACAUUAAUCCAGUAAUGAAUAACCUCUCUUCUCCCUCCACCUUCGUGUGCAAAUCUUUACCAGCCUAAAAAAGGGAGGGGGGGGGAAUAUGGGAGGAAGAAAUCCCUCUAAUGCAGGGGUAGGUAACAAUUUCAUGAAGUGUUGUUGUUUUUUAAACGGACACUCCUACAGCUGCAGAAUCCAUAGCAGGUGAUGCAGUGACAUUGCCAGGGUAGAUGGGUUGAAAUGUUCUGCCUAAACUUGGGAGGGGGUGGUGGUGGAGGCUUUUAUGUAAAUGGAUACAUAUAAUUUCUAUGAGGCCUUAUGCAGCAAUACUCAUCCCAAUUUUUUUUAAAAAACAUGUCACUGAAAAUCAGUGGUUCUGCUACCAAAUUUCACCAGCAUGAGCUAGGGAUGCAAUGGAAAGCUACGUGUGGGACGCAUGUUGCCCAUCCUCUGCUCUAAAAUAGCCCCGAUAUGAUAUGACAGCUCAACUCUCAAUGCUGUCAGAUUUCCCUGCCACUUUGUUAGCCACUUGUUCCUCAGCAGGUGCCCCGUCUAAGCAACUUCUUAGAGCAGUGUUUCCCAAACUUGACAAUUUUAAGGCAUGAGGACUUCAACUUCAACGCUGGCUGUGGAAUUCUGGGAGUUGAAGUCCACAUGCCUUAAAAUUGUCAAGUUUGGGAAACACUGUCUUAGAGCAAGGUGCCCCACUGUACCAUCAGAUCCUAUGUUGCUUGCUUCUCGGAGUGAGUCGUGGCUGGCAAUUUUGACUGCUGUAUCUUUCAAUGUCCUUGACUUUUCUGAGAUAUGGAAAUCCAGGUCCAGCCUAUUUCUUGGGGCAAGAGUCUUUAUUUCCAAUGGUCAUGCCAGUAAAGGCUGUUCUAGCUGUCAUAGUAUUGGGAAUGCUACUGCAAUUCUAAUUCUCUUAUUCAGCUUUGCCAUCUGGUAUAAUUUGUAUUAUUAGUAUCUUUUGCAGAAAAUCACCGUUAUACCUAAGAUUACAUCUAUGACAGAUUGAAAGUACAGCUGAAUUUCUGAAUUGGCCAUCAGAUAGAAUGGUCUCAGACACUGAAAGAUAUCUUCACUUUUUAUUAAGAUUUUUAAAGUUUGUGAUGUUAUUUUUAUUGUAUGUUUUAACCACCGUUACAUCAAAGACUCGAAUAAACGAGCUAACAUGGCCAGUAAAACAUACAAUUUUUUAUCCUUCCACAUGAUUCCCCAUUCUGCCGUUUCAUCUCUGUUGUACAGAGAUUAGAUUAUUCAGAGCAACUGCUCCUGAGAUAUAACAUGUUACUAUUAAGUUUGCAUAUAUAGUUUUUAUUUAAUAUAGCCUUUUAAGAAAAGCCUUUACUCAUCUCCCUGGAUAAAAGAAAAUCCUCCCAAAAGUCCAAUAAACAAGUUGCUAAGUAUCAUGGCUAUUUGUUGACAAGCAGUUUUUCUUUUGAAGUUCCCCUUAAUUACAUACAAACAUUUUGAAAAACUGGCUUUCUAGAUAUCUUCUGAGAGACUUUGUCCUGUGGUAGGAAUUUAUGCUUUCUCUGCAGUUUACAGUGAUGGUUAAGUUGACCCAUUGCAAAUGUAAACAUUCAAGGUGCUUUUUCUACCCUCAGGUCCAGGCGUUUCCUGGUCUCCUCCAUUCCCUUGCCUUUAUUAUGUGUGUUCUCAGUGCCAAGCCUUUCAUAUUCACUGUUUGUGAUUUCUUAAAAGGAGAGGUAUGUUUUCCUCUCUCUGUAUAGUGCACAAAAUAAAGAUGCUUUAUUGAGAAAACAAA